AUGCUGGAAAAUAUUGUAGCGUGGGUGCUGAACAAUUAUAUUGGAGAAUAUCUCGAGGAUUUGAAUACUGACCAACUUUCGGUGGCAUUGUUAUCAGGCCAAGUUGAGCUUGAAAAUGUUCCUCUCAAAAAGACAGCUCUACGAAAACUCGACCUACCGUUAGAAGUUCGCUCCGGUUUAUUAGGAAAAUUAACGUUGUCUGUUCCAAUUACUCAUAUUCGAAGUCAACCAUGGACCUUAAAGUUAAGCGAUGUUCUAAUAAUUGUUGGUCCCCUUUCCGCGGAAAAACGAUACGAUGUUCAAGCCGUUGAGCAGGUUGAACAGCAACGGAAAGAACAGAUGCUUGAAGAGCUGGAAUUGAGGCAUAAGACCGCCUUAUUUGAUAUGCUGGGAAUUCAAGUCCCUGAAUCUCAAGAUUCCUGGUGGGGAGCUUCGCUUAUAUCUACUGUUCUUAAUAAUAUACAGCUAAUUCUCAAUAAUGUACAUAUUCGGUACGAGGAUAACGUGACAAUUACUGGAAGAACGUUCAACUGUGGUAUUCGAAUGCAACGAAUGACAAUGCAGACCACUAAUUCACACUGGAAGCCUGGAUUUGCGGAGUCUCAAAAAGGAGUGAAUAUAUUCAAAAAACUGGAAGUCACUGGUUUCAGUAUUUACUGGAAUUCUCAAGCCACUAUGACAACCGACAUCGAUAGUAUGAAAAAGUUGCGGAAUGUCAUGGCACCGGAAACUUCGUCAAACGCCUAUAUUAUUCAGCCUUGUAGCGCUGAGCUAAGAAUGGAGAAAAAUUCGAGCAAAUUUCCCCUGAAACACCAAAUUCCGCGAUUCAAAUUUUUAAUGAGACCUGAAAUAAUUGUGUGCGAAUUGACGAAAUUGCAAAUGACACAGUUGAGGGCGUUGAAUCGCGAAUGGGCAAGGUUUGAAAGAGCACGACUACACCGAAAAUGGCGUCCACUAUGCACAAUUGGUGAAAACGCAAAAGAAUGGUGGAAAUUUGCGUAUAAUCGAGUAAUGGAGGAUAAACGAAAAGCAAACUCGAAUCGAACUUGGAGUUUUGCCGCAAUCAGAGCGAAACAACUUAAUGCGUAUUGUCGGGCAUAUCGAAGGCGGCUGAUAGCACUUCUUGCCAAUCCAACAGCAACGCAAGAAUCAGCAAUUGAUCCUGCUUCAACAACGACCAAACCAAAGGUCUCAAUUAAUGGUCCACAGCCAUUACUGGAAGAUCGAGCGAUCAUGAAGCAGAUUGAGAAUGAUUCGCAAUACUCAUAUCAUGAGCUUCACCUAUUUCGUGAAACUGUAUUUCGAAGGCUUGUUCGCGAAAAAGAGAAGGAAUUAGGAAUUGCAACGACCACACCAUUGCAUGAUGAAACAUUUGAAACAAUCGAUGCCAUUCCGGAAGAGGCUAAUGCUGACGAAGUGCCUGUUGUUGAGCCGGCUGGUGGUGGCUUAUACGAUUGGAUCACUGGUUUUUUCAGUCAGCAACAAAAACACGAAACUCAGGAGGACACGAAAUUCGAUUUUGGCAACGUUGAUGUUGGAGAAUUGAAGGAAAAUGUGAAAGAAAUGGAGGAUGAGAUUCUUGACGUUCUCCACGAAUCUUGGGAUGAUUCAACACUGUUACGGCGCGAUGCUCUUCUAGCUCAAAUUGCGUUAAGAUUGGAGCAUCUCACUUUGCGAUUCGUUGACAAUUAUACAUUUGACGGAAUCGAACAACAACGAGUUUUGGCUCUUGAGCUUUCAGGUGUCACUGUGCGACUCGAAAUGAGUCCGAAGAAACAUUCAUUGACAGUCGACCUCACAGUUCAAGAUAUGAGUGUUCAGCGACUGAGAUCUGGCUAUCCAAGGCCGAAGAGCAAACUGGCCGAAAUCACAGAAUCUUUGCUUUAUUCAACAACCGAAUCUACCAAAAUGCUUCUGACAAUCGGUAGAGAUGUUGAGGAUGCUGUUAUGACAGCAGUUCCGAUGUUUAGUAUGCAUUAUCGAAGAACAUCCCCACGAUUGAUCACAAAGCAUGUGGUAAAUUGUCGUUUGAGGCCUGUGAAUGUUGUGUAUGAAGAGGGGGCUUUGGAAGGCCUUUCAACACUUUUCACGGAAGAUAACCUUGUCGAAAUAGAGAAAUCAAUAUCUGGAAGUGAGGAAGAAGAUAUGAUUGAAAUGCGUGUAACCGAUCAGCUCUCCAUUAUUGAGUCUCAUAUUCUUGUAAAGCUUCAAGUACCUACGGUUCGCAUGGAAGUUCGUGGACGAGGUUGGAGUCGUCGGGAUCUCAGACCGUCAACGUUUUGGGAGCCCGGAGAAUCUCUGGCGUGCUGCGUUGUUGAGAAUCUAACUAUGGACAUUGUUUCCGAAGAAAUGUUUCUGACAACGAUCCAACUUGGAUUCGGGCACAUUGAACUAAGGGAUAUGCUCGAAAAUACAAAGCAUCCCUUAUUUACAACGUCCUCGCAAACUCGCAUUAGUCGAAAUUUGUCUAAUUCCUGUCCGGACCUUGUUCGAGGAUUUGGAGGAGGCUCGGCACCGGCGCAACCAUCAAAAUCGUCAAACUCUCAUGACUACGUAUCUUCUUCGGUCCCUGCGGACGUUUUUGAGUGUCAAACAAACCUGCCGAUUCAAACAACGAUGAAAAUCACUUCGGCGGCCUCGAUUGACUCGAAUCAAAUGCAAUCGGGUCCGACGUCGCCGCAAAUCGGCUCGUCAUCUGCAAAAUAUAAUAACAAGCAUUCGGCGGCGGUUUCGCUCAAACCGGAGUGCACUAUGAAAUUGACAUGCGUCGACCGAUUCCACACGCAAUUCGACAACAAGUAUAAGAAGGUUGGCUAA